UCAAGUCAAGGUAACAGAUCGUCACUCUUGCAGAUUCAAGGCCUAAAAUUAACUUAAUGACUGGUUGGGUCACUGCUUGACUCCUUGCCUUUCUAGUUAUUGCUGUUAUUUCCUGCUCAGGUGUAAGCUACGUUCAGCAGCGGAAGAGGAAAAGCUUUCACUAUGUCUAUAGGCCUGGAAUUGAUUGGCAUUUCCCUGUGCAUUUUGGGAUGGAUUAUUGCCAUUGUGGCAUGUGCCCUCCCCAUGUGGAGGGUGACGGCCUUCAUAGGUAGCAACAUUGUGACAGCGCAGAUCAUCUGGGAGGGCCUGUGGAUGACAUGUGUGGUCCAGAGCACAGGACAGAUGCAGUGUAAGGUCUAUGACUCCAUGCUUGCUCUCUCCCAAGACCUCCAAGCUGCCCGCGCCCUCACCGUCAUCUCCAUCCUGUUAGCCAUCCUGGCUGUGCUGGUUGCCAUCGCUGGGGCAAAGUGCACCAACUGCAUCGAGGAUGAGGCAUCCAAGGCAAAGGUGAUGAUCAUCUCUGGAGUCCUCUUCAUCAUAUCUGGCAUCAUGCAGCUCAUUCCUGUCUCCUGGUCUGCUAACACCAUAAUCAGGGACUUCUACAACCCAUUACUUACUGAUGCUCAGCGGAGGGAGCUGGGGGCUGCAUUGUAUAUUGGGUGGGCAGCAGCUGCACUCUUAGUUCUUGGUGGUGGACUGCUCUGCUGCUCCUGUCCGCCACGUGAGACCAGAUACAACCCUUCACGAAUGGCUUACUCUGCCCCACGGUCUGCAGGUGGCCCAGGAUUAGAGAGGAAAGACUACGUAUGAAUCAAGGUCAAAGAAAGAAAGACAUUACUGAAACUCUAAGUUGCUCUCCACACCAGUGUAUCAGUGUGUUGAGGAAAACAAAGUGUUUGAUUUUGCCUGUAAUAUUAAGUAUCUGAAUAAUGUGAUUUAUUUAAAUGUCAUUUAGACAGAAAAUACAUUAAAGGGACAUUUGUGUGACUUUUUUAGUGCUCUGACUUUUUAAGAUCAACAUGUUAAAUGUUAUUGUUAUUGUUAAAUCACAGACCUUUUAUACAGUUUUAGCUUCUUAAUGUUUAUGGAUGUUUUUUUUUCCCCCUAAAACCCAAAUUUUUCACCACCAUUCUGUAAGACCAUUGUAUGAAAAAGGGAAGAAUUUGGUGUUAGGGUUAUGAGCAGAAUCAAACUUUGUAAAUACUGUAGAUAUAUUAUUACUUAUCUCUUGUUACAGCCAAAGCAGAUAAUAACUGUGUUCAUCAUAGCCUCUAGAUAAUUGUGGUGGUAAGAAUCUGGGAGAUUAGAGGUUUGCAGGAACCGUUAAGUGAUUCACAGUUUUGCACUGAAGCAACAUGAAACAGCCUGAUUUCAUUUGGACUGGAUUUUUCUUAAUGUAUUACACAUGUAUUUCAUAAAUGUUUUUGUUAAUAAAUUGACAUUUUUUAAGAUA